UCGGUGCUACUGCUCGCUGGUAAAUACGGACUACGCGUGUUUCUCCUCUGGCGAGUCUCCUCUAGAAUCCGGUGUAGAAACGGUGGGGCUCGUGUGACUGGCGCACUCGCCAUGGAUUUUAAAUGAUAGUCCCUGUGCUGAGGGCGUCGGGGGUCCACGGUGGCCGGGAUUUGUUCGGGGAAAUCCUGCGGAACGCGGCUCUGCGCGGACGUGUGGACCGAUGUUGUAACGAACGGCCAAAAUGGAAGCGCAAAGUGUUCACAGCAGCACCAGUGAUAUAAAUAGUGAGGACACGGCGAAAAGCGAACCCACGAUAAUACCACGGAAAAAGAGGAUAUGCCUCGUUGGUGCAGCGGGAGAGGACCCUACUCUGGGGGCUGCUGCCCAAGAAUUCAAUGUGCCUGUUUUAAAGUCCGAAACAGGUUUGGAAUAUACCGAGGAUACGUCAUAUUGUACCUAUUUUAUCCUGAAGAAGUUCGAAGGACUAGAAUAUGAUGCAUUGUACAAAAAUAGUAAGGUACACAGAAUUUUGGGACCAACGGCACUUCUGCAACUGGCAGAAAGAAAAGAAUCGCUGCCCAGCAUUACUCGCCCCAUGUACACGCAGGCCAUGUUAGGAAUAAUAAUAGUAUUCACGGGUUUCAAAGAAAAACGAAAAGAGAAAAGUCAAUUGAAUAAAAUUAUCAACAUGGUCCACUACAUGGGUGGCAGCAUACGUAGGGAUAUGGAAUCAAAAGUCACUCAUCUGAUCGCACGUUACUGUCGUGGCGAAAAGUACCAGUAUGCGGUCACGUUUAGGGUUCCUGUCAUGUCCGUAGACUGGAUAUCUGCCCUUUGGGAUGCCAGAAAUGAUGUUUCCGUUCAUGGAAAUAACGAGGACCUGAUCGCGGCUUUCAAGCUGAAGCCAUUUUUUGGCGCAAAAGUCUGUUUCUUCGGAUUCCCAGAGGAAGAAAAAAAACAUAUGUGCGAGGUGCUUCAGCAACAAGGUGGCGAGCCGACAGAAAUUGACGAUCCCGAGUGCACACACGUGGUAACUGGCUACGGAGACUGGCGCAGCAAGCUGCCGGACAAAGGAAACGCUAUGCAGUUAGAUUUAAACCUCUUCCUUGGUUCGAAUCGCUCUCCAUUUCACCCACUUCGUCCGCUUCGUUCCAAAUCCUUUGCGUUCGCCUACUACGAUCCUUACACCAACACCAUUCCGAAUCCAUCGGGCCCGGACUUGAAGGAUAUCACAACUCUACCAAUUACCAAGUUUUCAAACUUUAACCGCAAACGUAGCAACGGAUCAUUGUCCCCGUACAGCACCUCUGUAUUGCCAGCGUAUAACGAGCAAACGGUGCACGAAUCGAGCAGCGUUGUCGUUAGGAAUGCGAGCAACGAUUCCGCAAUUUUCAUGGACUACACAUCCAGUGACUCGCAAAGUCUCCCCGAAGAAUCGGGUGCCGUCAUUGAUGAUUUCUCCACGCAGUCCGAUUCGGGCAUUGAUUUCCCCUCGUUGACAAGAGUCUCUAAGGAAACAACUUCCAUCGCUUUCAAGAGCUCUCGUCGGCUCGAUUUUCCUAUUUCUUUAAUGGCGGUGAACGUAAGCUCGACAAGAUCUUCGCCGGAGACUCAGACUCCUGGUUCCAAAAUGGAAGUAGAUCCCGAAACCGUGACUCUGUCUUCGGACGACCUCGGAAGCAGGAACCUAGGGAAUAAUAUCCCACAAAUUGUAGAUUCGCCUUUGCCAGGAGCCCAACAAAUCGAGCAGCCUCUUUACUUGGGCUGCUUGGAAAAGCUUAAACCGGAGAAAUUAAUCUCUUCCAAAAAGAUUCACACUCCCCGGAAGUACAUCAAGUGGCGGAGGACCAAGUCCUGCAACACCGUCCCCAAGGUCGUUGUCCCGGAUCGCUCGAGGUUCAUUAAGAUCUAUUCGCAUCCGAAUUUGACGAGGAGACGCGACUCCCAGCUGAGCGACUCCCUUCUAAUCGAGUCGCCCGUUUCGGGGAAAAAGACCAGGGGGUUUUUAAACGGGUUUCACUUUAGCGGGUCCGUACUCUCCAGGCUCGGUGAGAUUAAUCUCGUCCCUACUUUUAAGCAAUACAUGCAGGUCACGCCACGCCGUAAGGUUCGCGAGGAAUCGUUGCCCAGACAGAAGUACACGCCCUUGUCUAGUCCUCUUCCCAUCCCGGCAAAACUCGCAAGGCUGGCCAACUCCGAGUGCGAUGCGAGGUGUCCCAUCAGCCCUAACACCAGAACCUUCGAUCUGCUCCCUUCCUCGGUUCCUGUUCAGACUUCGCUUCAGACUUCGGAAACAGAUCGGACCAAGAAGCGGGAGAAUAAGCACUUAGUAGUGGUAGUGGACGAAUCCAAUGUUAACUGUCGGCCUGAUUUGACUUCUGCUGGAGCGUACAUCGUCAAGGCAGAAUGGUUUUGGACGUCGGUGCAAAACGAAGGUGCUGCCAAUGAAAAGGAAUAUCUUUUUGACGACUAUUUGGAAUCAGUUUUAUCACCGACCGCAUCGGCGAGGAGGGACAGUCAACCUGCGGGAACACCAAGUAGUGCCUCUACGAGACGAAAACGCAAACGGCUGACGGAUACCUUGUCGAGUUUGGUACAAAAUGGCGCGGAUUCGCCUGCCGUCCACAAACGGCGGUCCAGCAUCAGCGAUGCUGGUCACCUUAGUGUUAAUGGAAGUUUUUUAGACUGCACGGCGAGUCCGGACAAGCAGUUGCUCGACGAUAUUCCAGAGGUCGAAGCCGUUAGCACAGAGUCCGCCAGGAAAAAUCUCUCCCCCCGGCAUCAAGUCUUCCUCGAAUUGGUGCAAACGGAGUCAAAUUAUGUGGGAAUUCUGAGCACUAUCAUGAUGUUGUUCAAGUCCCCUCUAGAGGAACUGAUAGAAACUAGUGCCGAGUUACUGAACAGUACGGAAGCAAAGAUAAUCUUCGGUAACUUCCCGCCGAUUUACGAGGUUCAUAAGAAGAUGCUGGAAGAGUUGCGAUACAGCGCCGCUCAUUGGACGGAAGACGUUAGUAUAGGUAACAUCUUCCUGAAGUACGCGCCCGAUCUGGUGAAGGCGUACCCACCCUAUGUAAAUUUCUUCGAGAACACGAAAGAAAUGUUGGAUCAGUGUGACCAAAACAAGCCGCGAUUCCAUGCCUUUUUGAAAAUCUGCCAGACCAAACCCGAAUGCGGCAGACAAAGUUUGAAGGAGUUGUUGAUAAAACCGGUGCAGAGGCUGCCCAGUAUUAGCUUAUUACUAAACGAUAUACUUAAGCAUACGAAUAAGAACAAUCCGGACCAUAGUGCUCUGGAACUGUCUAUUAGUAGUAUUAAAGAAGUUAUGACCUACAUCAAUGAAGACAAAAGAAAGACCGAGGGUCAGCUAGUGAUGUUUGACAUCUUCAACGAGAUCGACAAUUGUCCACCGCACUUGGUCUCCUCGCACCGGUCCUUCAUCGGUAAAUGCGAGGUCGCGCAGGUCGGCGAAGGCUUGAGUGGUCGGGGCGACCCCUUAGUGCUAUUUUUAUUUACCGACACCCUGGAGAUUUGUAAGAAACGGUCGAAGUUUAAUUCUCACAAAAGUCCAAACACGGCGAAUGGUCUGCAUUCGGUUAAGAUGAGUCAGGUCAAGCCGUACAAGCAUGUGAGGAUGUUGCCACUUAGUAACAUCAAGAAGGUUGUGGACAUUCGAGAAACUGAUGAAUGUCCAAAAGUCUUCGCUCUGAUGGUACGGAGCAACCAGGAAUUGAAGGAGAAGCUGUUCGCGUUCACCAUUACGGAUGAGGACGUGAAUAAGACGAAUUACCUGCGGACUUUGUGCAGGCAAAUGGCUAACAGUGUCUGCAAAGCUGAUGCGGACACCUUCCUGAUCACAUUGGAUCAGCAUCAGCUGGAAAUUGACACAAGCGAUUUAACGUUAGGGACGUUAAGCAAAGCAUUUAGGAACUUAUUCCAUAAUUUUCUUCUGGAGUAUAUGGAUCCGUAUGUGUUCCUACUCAGUAGCAUGUGUGAAACUACAUUACAUGUCCCUCUACCAUUCGCGUCCCGUACCCGGAUGAAGGUUGGUCGAGCGUUUAGCUUCAACAAGACCCCCAGCAAGCUGAAGCGAGCGAUGUCGACGAUGAUGUCGCCGUUCGGAUCGACUAACAGCCUCACGCCGGCGGGACAGCAGCUCGCCCAGAUGCGGCUAGCUAGCUGCAACAAUAUUAACGAGCUGGGCAAUGGUGGUGCAGGCCCACCGUCUAGAGACGACGUUCUCGUGGCGCCUAUGUCGGUCCAGCCGACUCGGAAGGCUAAAUGCAACUCGCUGAGUAUGGCCUCGCUAAGAAGAAACUGUUCGGAGGAGGCCGUUCAGGACAAGUCCGAACUCUAAGGCUUGGAGAGCGCGAAUCGCGCAGCCCUUGGCGUAACUUUUGUCGCCCUCGACUCCGGCAGAGGUUCUCGCCUUGAAUGGGAGAGUUCUUGUCGAUGACAUUUGCCUCCCCCCGAACCGGUGAGUCGCAGAGGGAGAGAGCCCCUUGGGAGGAAAUCCCGGUCGAUUCGCGAGCUCUGUCGCCAUGUCCAUCCGGAUGGAGCAUCCGACGAAAGAACCUCCGAGACAUUCGCUGAGCCUUCUAGGACGUAAUCGCUACACGUCGUCAUUGUAACCCGCCUCGCGAUUCGGACUUUCGCCUUAAGAACUCUCCGUGAUGGACUUGACGCUAACUUGUAACGUUCGGCGCUUAGAAUUACAUUAUUUAUUUGGCUGUGCACCUUCGGCGAUGUUCAACGUCCAGGAUUUUUUUUUUUUAUUAUACGUACGAGACGCAUGAGAGUCGGUUGAUGACAACUAGAUUUCAGUAUAUGUAUGCGUUGGCGGUCUUUGUCUCAAAUUAUGCGUUAAGUCCGCUGUGGAUCUUAAUUUCACGAGAGUCCUCUUCGUUCGGUCGAAUGUCGCGACAAUCUAUCCUUGGUAUCCAACGGAGGCACUCGGAACAUCUUGGCAAAAACGCGGUAUCUCGUUGAGAAUUGUCGUAUCUCCCGUGAGGGGAAGUAUCUUAAUUUUGUGUUACUUUAAAAGAAAAAGAAAAAAAGAGAACAAAAAAAUACACCUUUGAGUUUAUUGUUUCCGUCGAGGAGAGAGGAAGGACAGUCGCGAGUUGUAUUUGUUCGACGUGGCCGUCAGUUUUGAUUCGGUCGAAUGUAAUGAUACUUUGUUAGUAUUCUUUCUAUCUUGCCGGCGACCCGAAGUGUCCUCCGUUGUUACUGCGGAUUAUUGUGUAUGCGAUUAACGAUUUCUUCUUCUUCGUUCUUUUUUUUCUUCGGUGCCAAAUAUCGGUUUUUUUUUUCUUUUUUUCGGUGGUCGCUCUUGUUGCACGCAGUCGUGCCUUUUAAAAAUACACAUCUAUCAAUGGCGAUACCAAUCGCCGCGAAAAGGAUUCAUCAUUACUGAAUUGGCAUUUAUAUGUACGAUCUGAUCGAAAGAGGGAAUCGCGCAGACCGCGUCUCGAAGCUCGUGACUAAUAUGUAUGCUCGUCAGAUUUUUACAUUUUGGUUUUAAUUUUAACCGACGAUUUUGGGGAGCUCCGGCACUCCCGAUAUUCUUUGAUUUCCUAUUUUAAACACGAGUGUUAACGUCGAUGGCGUUUGCGCGAACGAGCCUCGCCACCUUUUAAAGUCUACCUUACUAUAUAUGGCAGGAUAUAGUUCCCCGUUUUUCUUCCCAAGAUAUUCGUAAUUUGGAAAAUCGUUUCGUUGUGGCGCCGCGCAAAUGUGGGACCACGUGGAAAACCUAACUUCCCUGAUUUCGUUCCGUUCCCCUUCGUGCUUUCCGUUUCUUUUCGCCUAUACAGCGACCCUAGUACGCAGAAUAGGGAGAGAAUAAGCAAGAAAGUGCGGAGGGAAAGAACCACCAAGUACAGACUUGCUUCCAUGUAGCCACUUUGCUCGGUACUAUUUUCUUACGUACAGAGAGAUGUGCGUUGGACCAACUUCAUGAUUAUUUUCGCGACACCGACCUUUAUUCUUUGGUCCUUCCAAAGGUGUCUCUUUUUUUUUCUUCUUUCCUUUCUUUAACGCCCAUCGCGCCUUUCUACUUUCGCUUCCCGGCCGUUAAACGUUAGACUUUCGGUGCCGAACAUUAAACGUUAUACUUUGUACGCGUGUAAAGGCCAAUGUACAUAAUUUGUCGGUAAAUCGUUCGCGAGUUAAGCCGAAGGAAAAGGGAAAAGGGAGUACAUGGUAAGGACCGCACGAUCGCGGCGACGCCGAUUGCGGGGAUUAUUUUUUAACGACCCGAUCGAUUGGACGCGUCGAAUGGGGUGUCGAAUUUGGCAGCUAACGAAAGAUGCGAACUCGAGUCGCGAUCGGUAGGCGUUGAGUCCGCCACCGAGACGCCAUUUUGAAUCUUUCUGGGUCGCUUCUCGAGGUGCCGGCGAACGCUUUCGAGGAUGGCGAUAUCAAUUAGUCUCCAUUCGACGUUCGAUCGAGUCUCCUCUGCCCGGCAGUUUUCGCACUUAGUAGCUUUAUUUACCCUUUUCUAACAAAGACGAAUCGCUUGCGAUCACGAGGUGUGGGAACUCGCCAGCCAUCAAGCGGAAUGGAAGACCUGUACAUAUACCGAUUAAGUGAUGCCGCAUAGAGUAAUCUGCACAUAUACAUAUUAUUUUUUAUCGUACGCCUAAGGAACAUUGUAAUACUAUCUCGUUAAUUUAUGGUAAUCCCUACUAUUUGUAUUACACCUUAAUGGAUUGUAUAAAUCUUAAUCUUUAUUAUGUAAGCUCGAA